CCCGCGUUCUCCCCGUAUGUAUGCACUCCCCGUAUGCACUCUACUCUACUCCACUCUACUCUGUUCAAUUGCCUAUACGCUAUUGCAUUUCCGGGAAACAAUUCCUGACUUCCACUCCACAGCAAUACUGGUAGAGUAUCGACCGACUCCGAGUCCCCAACGACCGUCGACGAUGGACCGCCAGACCGGAAGACACCCAGUGUCUGUGAUUCCUGCAGUCGGGCCGGCGACGCAUGUAUGUAUGUAGUAUGUAGGGCGGGUUGUGGGUUAUGGGUAACUACAUCCACAU